AUGGAGCGAGCAGGACGCUCUUCAACGCUCGGCUCUUCAGAUGAAGUCGAGUUGGAGCCCAGUGGAAAUUCUGCCACGAUACAUCUUGAUAUGACUGCAGGUGGCGGCAGCUCUUCCAGCGACUUCAACCCUUUCGGUGCGAUCGAUGACGUCAGAUUCAAAACAGACGACGAUCUCCCAGACGUUAUGGUUCCCCCAUUUUUUAGCAAAUAUGGAGAUUUUCACACAAUUGAUUGGCAAAGAGAUUUGGCCCGAGAUCGGUUACGACAUAAAAUGAUAUCAAAAAAGAAAGUCGAUUUUCCUCUGGGUCUCUUGCAGUCCGGCUGGGAUGCCGGUGCAGGAUGGAUAUGCGUUUUAUUCGUUGGUCUAGCUGCCGGAGCAACUGCUGGAAUUAUCGAUAUUGGAGCUAGAUGGAUGAGUGAUUUGAAGACAGGAGUUUGUGCAGAUCGUUUCUGGUUAGAUCGAGAACACUGUUGUUGGUCGUCAAACGAUACUUUUUACAAAGACGACAGCUGCAGUGCGUGGACAAAAUGGCCAUGGAUGAUCAAUUACUAUAACUCGUCAAGUUUGCUCUUCUCGUUUAUUGAAUGGAUAUUCUACAUUGUUUGGGCUGUCGCAAUGUCCACUCUUGCGGUACUCUUCGUUAAAAUUUUCGCCCCUUAUGCUUGCGGUUCGGGAAUCCCUGAGAUCAAAUGCAUCCUUUCUGGAUUCGUAAUUCGUGGAUAUUUGGGAAAAUGGACAUUCAUUAUCAAAUCUGUCGGUCUCAUUCUUUCCUCCGCUUCUGGUUUAUCACUUGGAAAAGAAGGCCCAAUGGUUCAUCUAGCUUGCUGUAUUGGAAACAUCUUCUCGUACUUGUUCCCGAAAUAUGGAUUGAAUGAAGCGAAGAAGCGUGAAAUCCUAUCAGCUUCUGCUGCUGCUGGAGUCAGUGUCGCCUUCGGUGCCCCGAUUGGAGGAGUUUUGUUCAGUUUAGAAGAAGCAUCUUACUACUUUCCUCUCAAAACGAUGUGGAGAUCCUUCUUUUGCGCUCUUGUUGCAGGAAUCAUUCUCAGAUUCGUUAAUCCGUUUGGAAGUAAUCAGACAUCACUGUUCCACGUGGAUUAUAUGAUGAAAUGGACGUUCAUUGAGCUUGUACCAUUUGCACUAUUGGGACUUUUUGGAGGAAUACUUGGCAGUCUUUUCAUCUUCGCCAAUAUCAGGUGGUCUCGGUUCCGUAAAAAUUCCAAGAUGCUCGGAGGAAACCCAAUCUACGAAGUCAUUGUCAUUACACUUAUCACAGCAGCUAUCUCCUACUUCAAUCCAUUCACCCGUAAAUCUGCUCUUUCUAUGAUUCAACAACUCUUUGAUCGAUGUGAAGACCAAGUCGAGGAAGACUCCCUCUGUGAUCAGAACAAGGCAUUGAGUAUUGCAUUUGGUCAACUCUUAUGGGCUCUAAUUUUCAAGUUCAUAAUUACUAUCUUUACGUUCGGUAUCAAAGUUCCAUGUGGUUUAUUCGUUCCAUCAAUCGGUAUGGGUGCCAUCGCUGGACGUAUUCUUGGAAUCACUGUUGAUCAAAUCUUCCGAGCAGUUCAAGCUACUCCCGGACAUUCUGAAUACUUUACCUGCCAAAUUGGAAAAGAUUGUGUCAUGCCUGGUUUGUAUGCUAUGGUUGGAGCAGCUGCAGUUCUCGGAGGUGUCACCAGAAUGACUGUUUCUCUUGUCGUCAUCAUGUUCGAAUUAACUGGAAGUCUGGAAUUCAUUGUACCAACUAUGGUGGCUACAAUGUUUUCCAAGUGGAUUGGAGAUGGAAUUUCGAAAAUGGGGGUUUUCCAGGGAAUCUACGAAGCCCAUAUUGAACUUAAUGGAUAUCCAUUCCUCGAUUCCAAAGGAGAAUACCCAUAUUCUACAGUUGCCAGCCAAGUUAUGCGACCUUCCAUUCAUCGUCAAGUCGCUGAUGAGAUGUCAAUGAGUGAUUUGAGGGAGCUGAAGAACGAGUUGAGUGUGAUCACAGAGAGUGGAAUGACACUCGGGGAUUUAGAAAGUUUGCUCCGUCAGACGGACUUCAAUGGAUUCCCAGUUGUUGUUUCACAAAACAGUAUGCAUUUGGUAGGAUUCAUUACACGACGAGACAUACUCCUUGCUCUGCACACAGCUCGAAAAACUCAGCCUUAUGUUGUCACCAACUCGAUUGCGUAUUUCUCGGAUGGUGUACCUGAUUCCGUGCCCGGAGGACCAGCGCCGCUGAGAUUACGAAAGAUUUUAGAUAUGGCUCCAAUGACAGUCACAGACCAAACUCCUAUGGAAACCGUAAUCGAUAUGUUCCGAAAACUCGGACUUCGACAUGUAUUGGUUACGAAAAACGGAAAGGUGCUUGGAAUCAUCACAAAGAAGGAUAUUCUUCAAUUUAUGCGCAACAAGGACUCACAAUAG